UUCUCCGCGACGUCACCCGGAUCCGGCUCGCACGCUUCCUCCACGCUCCUUCACCGUGCGCCACUGACAACAACUUUUUAAAAACGUAUACUCUUACACAUUUCUCACGUUUCCGCUAGUUUUGUGCCCGAGGAGACUUUAUAGGAGGUGUUAAAGUACAGUUAGAGCUGAUUUAUGCGGCGUGGAUGACACUUGAGUCGGUUGGAGGAAGAGGAAGAAGAAGAAGGAGAAGAAGAAGAAGACGACCAUGAAACGGUUAAACGGAGGAGCGCAGAGGCGAGGACUGUGACAGCUCCUGCCCGAAAAACACACCUCAAACCCGGGCACAACCGAGCCGCAGGGACGCUAUGCCGCGGAGGAAGCAAUCCAACCCGCAACCCGUCAAACUGGGUGUGCAGCCGCCAGACGCUCCGCUGGUGGUGGACCCCAGCUGUCUGGUGCUCGACAGCGACUUCCUGUUGAGUGGAGACCUGGAGUUUGGAGACUCUGAGAUCAUGGGCCUGGACAAAGACUCAGUGACGGUGUUUUCUCUGAGCGUGGAGGAGGACUCGUCUGUGACCUCUGACCCGUCCCUGUCCUUCUGCUCCUGUAAACGCUGCGGAAAACUGCUCCCCGACUCCCUGCUCUCCACCGGAAUCCAUCUGGGAGUGGGUUUGGAUCUCUCUCCGGACCUGUACUGCCUCAGCUGUGAAGAGGACGUCCAGUCUCCUUCAUCUCCGUCAAAAUCUCCGAAACAGGUCAAGAGAAAAAGGCAAAACUCCAAAACCAGUUCCCCCGCGAAACUGUUCACCUGCUCCGUGUGCUCGUUCACGUCGCGAUACUCGAACCACCUCAAACGCCACACGCGGAUCCACGACGGACAAAAGCCGUUCCGCUGCGGCGUUUGCUCGUACGCGUCGACUCAGCUGGUGAACUUACAGCGCCACCUUCGGUCUCACACGGGAGAGAAACCGUACCGCUGCGAGAAGUGUGAAUACGCCUGCAGUUCCCACGGCAACCUGAGGAGGCACCAGAGGACGCACGCCACCGAGGAGAGGAGGAAGACGAGCGCCGGGAAACGAGUGAAGAAGAGGAAGAGCGAAGGAGAGGAGGAAGUGGUCUCUACCCUGACUCUGUCCCAGUCCGGGUUCUUGUCUCUGGGAUCUCUGGAGUCGUCCUCUCCUCUCCCAGCUCUGCUCUUUCCCGUGCUCUGCAGAAUCUGCGGGAAAACUCUGGAAGAGGACGACAUCCAGAACGAGAGAGGAGACACGGACGCAGAGGGACAGGUUUGCCACCGCUGCCUCUCUGACUCCUCCCCGCCCUCGAAAUCCCGCCAGCGCCGAAAAAUCUCCAAAACCAAACUGUACCGCUGUUCCCUGUGUCCCUUCUUCUCCCACUAUCCCUACCACCUGACGCGCCACCUUCUCACGCACGAGUCCACCAAGUCUCACCGCUGCCCCCACUGCCCGUACGCGUCCUCGCACCAGGACAACCUCAGGCGCCACCUCAGGAUCCACACGGGGGAGAAGCCGUUCGCCUGCUCGACCUGUAGCUACGCUUGCGGGAAUUUGGCAAAUCUAAAACGCCACGAGAGAGUCCACACGGGGGCCAAACCCUUUCACUGUUUCGUCUGCGGGUACAGCUGUAAUCAGAGUAUGAAUCUGAAGCGUCACAUGCUGAGACACACCGGAUAUAAGCCUUACGAAUGUGCGGAAUGUAACUACACGACCGGACACUGGGAUAACUACAAGAGACAUCAGCGAAAACACGGACACAACACGGAAAACUGGGAUAAGAGAAUGUAUAAAACAAAAGCGGAAAUGCUGAAUAUUGGAAAUGAAAACGUGGGGUCUGUAGAAAACCUGUCACUCGAAACAGAAUCAAAGCAAGAUUUUACUCUGAAAGGGGAGUGUUAGCAGAAGAUUACAUUAAAAGGUUCUAUAUUACACAAAACUGACUCUUGUGAGGUUUAAGUCGUGUUAUAAUGUUAUUACCUUCUCAAAAACAGAGUUGUGUUUUGUUUUAUUCACACAUUUUUGAGUAAUCCUUUAUAUUACCGUAUUUUUUGGACUAUAAGUUGCUCCGGAGUAGAAGAGAAGUAAAAAACAUAAAUCGCGCUUUUUGGGGGAAAUUUAUUUUAUUAAAUCAGAGACCAGGAACAGUGUUGAAAGUCAAGUUCUAGUAAAAACAACAGAAGAGAGAACAACAGACUGUUAACGUCACAUAUGAACAGUUCUUCAGAUAAACUAUAACAUAAACAACAGAACAGAACAAGUUUAACAAACUCUCCAUCUCACUCCAAAUCACUAAAUCCAUUCAAUUCUUCAUCCUCGGUGUCACUUCUGAGCAACUCCGCGACCUCCAGAGGUAAACAGAGCGCCGCUUCCUCUUCUGUGUCGCUGUUGUCAGACUCAGCAUCAGUUCCAGUUAGAAUUAUUCCGGCCUUUCUGAAUCCCGACAGGAUGGUUUCGGUGUCACUGAAGUCCAGGUUUUGUCGUUUCAUCCAGUGACUUCAGGAAAGUUUCAUGGUGCACUUUCCCGGUUGUUACAAGCUUCUCGCUCACUCCAAACUUUUUUUCUGUUGCUCAAUUACUGUUUUUAGCUGCAUAUUUCACGACUUGCAGCAGGACACAUGGAGGAGACGUGCAGUAGAGCCAAGUGACAGUGGUACAGGAGGAACAGGAGCAGCAGAUACUCACACACAAGACUAGAACCUCUCAACGCUUCAGUGUGAACAUUUGAAUAUAUAAGUCACACCGGAGUAUAAGUCACAGGAAACACCCAAACCAUGAAAAAAAGUGCAGCUUAUAGUCUGAAAAAUACAGUAGUCAAAAUUAGCUCAAAAUGCUCAGCUCGUUUUACAUUUAGUUCAGCACUAGGGAUGUAACAAUAACUGAAAUAUUGUGAUAUAUCAUCAAAAGUCUCACAAUAUAUCGAAUUACAAGUCUCUUUGCUUAAAUUAAGAGUUAUGGUGCAGCAGUAGCGAAAAAAAGACAGAGCGAACUACAUAGACCAUGAUCCUUUGCUCCAUUUCAGUGCAGACUACAAGAAGAAAUAACAGUUCUAACACUUUUAAGUCUUAGUUCUUUGGAUUAAGUCUUGUCAAGGCAUUUUAAGAGGAAAAAGUUUCACAGUUUUGUUACCCUUCACAAAAUAUUGCAAUAAAUAUCGUACCGUGAGAUGUAUAUCGUGAAAAUAUUGUGUAAAUAUCGUAAGAGAUUUGGAUAUUGUUACAUCCCUAAUCGUGAGCUUUCCCAGAAUAUUGCAAUAAAUAUCGUACCUGAAAUUAUCCAAAUGUUUCUAGUGAAGGUGUGUGGAGUUUAAAAACACAGUGGAGCACUUCCUGUAUCACCAGAUGACAUCACAAGUUUGGAACAGUGUUUUUUUUCUCUCAGCCUAAAUUGCCUAAAAUGUGUGAAUGAAACAAAACACAGCUCCAGGUCUGUUUGCGACGAGGAAACUACAGUAUAACAGAUCAGAAAUGAGUGUAAUAUGGGACCUUUUAAAGCUUUAUUAUGCAACUUUUCUCGUGUAGGGUUUCCAUGGAGAUGUAAUCGCUUUGCCUAGAAUGUUCCACGCUAUGGCAUUAAACUUAUCUAGCUCGGAUUUUUUUCAUUGCACAAUUAAAGGAGUUUCAUGUUGUUACUGUGAGCAGGGUCGCCUCUCCACGGAUCUAACCUGUAAUUUAACCUGUAAUUAAUGCCUAAUAACUAAUGCCAUACUGUGGAACAUUUCGGGAAAGAUCGUGGCAGCUUGGAUUCAAUCAAUGAAAUUAAAAUAAAAAAAAAAAAGGCAAAACAAUAACAUCUCCAUGGAGUAAAUUGCAAACCCUUCAGCGGAAAAGUUACAUAGUGCGCUUUUAAAAAUAUAAAAGCACUGACUAUUACAAUGGCUUUAUGCAUUUUAUUAAAUAGCUGUAAACAAAAGACGAGUUGAUGAACCGUAACUCUUCGUGCCUUUUGACUGAUCCACUGUAAAACACUGAAUGUCUUAAGCCAAUCAGGAGAAGCCAUUUCCUCUCCUCGGACGAAAAUGUUCAAAGGCCGCGUCUCAUUUCUCUUUCCUCGCUUCCUCCUCCUCGAUGGGCUCCAUUCACGCUCAGGAAGACGUUCGGAAACAUGUGAUGACGACGAUUUCCGGUGUAGUUCCCGACCGACCGUGAUCAAACCCGCUGAAGUAAGAUGAAGUCUGCAUACGUGUGUGCUGUUCGGAAUCAUCUUGAAUUUGGCGCCGUCGUUAGAGUGACCAGACGUCCCUAUUGACCCGGGACAGUCCCAGUUUGGAGCCGUGUCCCCUGUCCCAGCAGAUUUAUCAAAACCGGUGAUUUGUCCCAAGUAAUGUCCCAGGUGUCCCUGUUUUUGACCAAUUUGAUCUAAACCAGGACUAAAACAGGACUAUCAGUUUUUGACUACCGUAUUUUUUGGACUAUAAGUCUCACCAGACAAAAAAUGCAUAAUGAAGAAGAAGAAAAACAUAUAUAAGUCGCACUUUUUGGAGGAAAUUUAUUUUAUUAAAUCAGAGACUCGGAACAGUGUCGAAAGUCAAGUUGUAGUAAAAACAAUAGAAGAGAGAACAACAGACUGUUAACGUCACAUAUGAACAGUUCUUCAGAUAAACUAUAACAUAAACAACAGAACAGAACAAGUUUAACAAACUCUCCAUCUCACUCCAAAUCACUAAAUCCAUUAAAUUCUUCAUCCUCAGUGUCACUUCUGAAAAACUCCACGACCUCCGGAGGUAAACAAAGCGCCGCUUCGUCUUCUGUGUCGCUGUCGUCAGACUCAGCAUCAGUUCCAGUUAGAAUUAUUCGGGUCUUUCUGAAUCCCGACAGGAUGGGAUCGGUGUCACUGAAGUCCAGGCUUUGUCCAUCCAUCCAGUGACUUUUCAUGGUUUCAUGGUGCAUCCUCCUGGUUACCAUGAAGCUGUGUUCUCCAUCCCCGCUUUCCUCCAGUCCCUCACAAGUUUUUCACUCAGCCCAAACUUACUUUCUGCUGCUCAAUUACCGUUUUCGGCUGAAUAUUUCACAACUUGCAGGAGGACAGAAUCUCUUUCUGUAGGAGACAUGUGCAGUGGAGUGAAGUGACAGUGGUACAGGAGGAACAGGAGCAGCAGAUACUCACACACAAGAGUAGAACCUCUCACCGCUGUCAGGGUGAAAAUUUUAAUAUAUAAGUCGCAGGACCCCUCAAACCAUGAAAAGUGCAAUUUAGAGUAUGUAGUACUGCGACUUAUAUACUGAAAAAUAUGGUAAUCUGAUCCCUAACAACAGUAAAGAGGAGCAUAAAUUGUCAUUUGUUUCACCAAAAUACAGAAAUCCGUGUUUGCAAAUGACCAUAAAGCAAAAAACAAACAAACGUAGCAACAGAAGUCCCUCAGAUCAUGACUGAAACCCUCUUUUCACAAUUUUAUUUAUAGCGACUAUCCAAAUCUCGGUGUGUCCCAGUUUAGACUUUUGAAAAUCUGUUCACCCUGGCCCUCAUCUCUUCUAAUCGCAUGUACCCAGUGCGCUCGGAGUUGUGUGUCAGUGGGGAAAUUACAAAAACUUUUGUCAGAAUACCGCGAACAGAUCCCGCCGGACGUCGCCAUCGCAUGUUUCCAAAUGUCUUCCUCGAUCAUCUACUUUUCAGCUGUGAAACAAAUCUGUCGUCGUAAAUGGCCUCCCAAAGAAAUCCACGGAAGGAAGGAAGGAAGGAGUAAACCUGAGGGAGGCUUCGGGAGCAGACUCAAAGAAAAAAAUCAAACUUUUAUCGGUCUCGGUGAGGAGUUUAUAGCAGAUCCUCUCCCCUCGCUUUGUCUCCUCUGUGGACGGGACUUCCUCGCCCGUUUUCCCGCACAAUCUGGGAGAAGGAAGUAAGGAAGCGAGGAAAGGGAAAUGAGAAAACGUGGCUGCUUACAGGUCAAAAGAGGGAAAAUACAACAUGAAGAACUGAGAAACGGCAAGGGUCUUUGCAGAAUCAACAAUCGAAGAACCAAACUAUGACUUAUCUCAGGUAAAAGAAGUUCUACAUUGCGUUAUGAAUGUCACGAGAAUUUUCGAGAGUCACGUGAUGAGAAUUGGCAGCUGUGGUUGGUUCAUUUCAAGUUUGGAUGUUCAGAUUUCAGUCUGGCUUCAAACGGAAUGUAGAAACAGGAGGCAAUCUCAGCUCAGGCAAUCUCUCCUUUUCCACAAUGUUAUUUUUGGAAUUUGGGAGCUCCAUAGAUGUAUUUUUGCAGGGAAAAUAUCAUGUAUUUUCGUCAGUUUUACUUUGGGAUUUCAUUAUAUUAAAACAAAAUGAAGAGGUUUUGAAAUUAAUUGCAAUAAACAUACUGUAUUUGCUGUAAUUUCUUGCUUAAUGUCAUAAUAUAAAAACAUCAAAAUUUUUA